GAUGGACAAGGACGCCGCUGUGGUCCCCCCGACGAAGAGCUUCCUGAUAUCGCUCAUCGCGGGCGGGAUGGCUGGCACAGGUGUCGAUGUGGCCUUGUACCCGUUGGACACCAUCAAGACGCGCCUUCAGAGUUCGCAGGGGUUCCUCAAAGCUGGCGGAUUCAAAGGCGUAUACAAAGGGUUGUCUGCUGCCGCCGCCGGAUCUGCUCCUGGAGCUGCGUUGUUCUUUAGCUCGUACGAAACCACGAAAGCGUUCUUGCAAAAGCAACAGCCCCAUCUUGCCGACUCCCCAGUCAUCCACAUGGCGUCUGCUGCCAUGGGCGAGACCGCGGGGUGUCUUGUCCGCGUGCCGACAGAAAUCGUCAAGCAAAACCUCCAAACUGGCGCAUUCCAGUCGUUCCAAGAGUCCAUUCGCAGCAUCUACGGCACGAACGGUAUCGCAGGCUUUUACCGCGGGUACUGGAGUUUGUUGGCUCGUGAAAUUCCAUUUUCGUUCAUUCAAUUUCCCCUCUGGGAAGGCAUGAAGUCCACAUGGAGCCAACGCCAAGGAGAAGCCGUGAGCCCCGUGCAAGGGGCCGUUUGUGGCGCCCUCUCUGGCGGGUUUGCUGCGUCUAUCACGACGCCGCUCGACGUGAUCAAAACGCGCCUCAUGCUGGGCAAGGAUGCCCAAGGCGUGGAGUACAUAGGCAUGCGAGAUGCAUUCACGCGCGUGUAUACACAGGAGGGGUGGCAGACGCUCUUCUCUGGCGUGAAGCCGCGCACCAUGUGGAUCACCAUCGGCGGGUUUGUCUUCUUCGGCGUGUACGAGCACGCGUCGGCAACCCUGUCGCGUUAACUUUGUCUCAUGCUUGGCUUAACUACUACGAUAUCUUUUGCCCCGUGUCUCACACAAUCUCGUCACGACCUUGUCACACAAACACCCCCCCCGUCAUGACGACGACGUGGUGGUUUCCGCAUGCAAACUACUAUUCGUAUCAUUCUCCAGCUCGUCCUGUUCGUCUUGCCUGACGAUCAUCGCCAACAAAUCCACUUGGUCGAUGGCCAUGGCCACCGCGCGAUGCCGGAUCUGCGUCACGAGGCUACCGAGGUGCAGUCCCCACGUAUCUUUGGGCCAGUGGGGGUCGCCACAGGGCACUUUGAACUUGGUUGCGAUGCGCAGGUGUCCGUGGAGUCGUUCGUGGGUUCGCAGGGCCAGCACGACGUGGUCCCAGUGGUAGUCCAGCGGGUCCCACACCAUCCCGAUGUGGUCCAACGCGUCGUGGUGGGCUCGGGGGAGGUCGUCCAUCCGGUUCCUGGUCGAAUGCACCAAUGAGCCCAACGCCAGCCCCCGCGUGUGCUCGGGGUACGAAGGGUCGUCGUCGGGCACGACAAAUCGCUUGGGCACGAGCAAAUCGCCGUGCUGCUUGACGUACGCCAUCAGCGCGUCCAUGUUGCGCGUCCACUGGUGGUCCCAUGCGUUCCACACAAAGUCCAGCGCGUUCAGUGCGGCGCGGCGGUCCGCGGGCAUCGCGUUUUCGCCGAGUUGCCGCCAUGACGCCGCCACUCGUCCGAGGGGGAUGCCGCGCAUGUGCACGGGCCAUUCGGGAUCGUCCACGGGCACGACGAAGCGCAAAGGGACGUGGGAGUGCUCGUGCAGUCGGAUGUACUGGUGCAGGGCCUCGAGGUGGUCGUCCCACUGCGAGUUCUUGACAUCCCACGUAAACCCUAACGCAAGGAACGACGCUUCGUGCCCAGGAUGCAAGAGGAGAUGACCGGUGCGCAUGUUGUGCACGGCGGCGCCGAGAGAGAGCCCCCACGUAUCUACCAGCCACCGACUGUCUCCAGCGGGGACUUUGAAAUGGCGCGGCACAUUGAGAUCGCCAUGGAGUUCCUUGUACACGGUCAACGCGUGCAGUCGAAGCGCACUCUUGUGGAAGUUGACGUCCCACACGAACGACAACGCGUCGAAUUGCUCAACGAGGGACGAGGGCACUUUGUGGUUCUUGUAUUGCCGCCGUAGCUCCGAGAUAGCGAGGGACUUUCCUCGCAGGUGUAGGGGAAAGUCGUCAUGGUCUGGCACGACGUAUGUCGACGGGAGAACAGUGAAGCUAGUCGGAGACUUUGCAUGCACCACUCGUGCGACG